AUGAAGGGACUCAUGGCUUUCAUCAAGGAGGUGGCCUUGAUGGCUUUCCUUCCGAUCCUCUUGAUCUCGCAAACCAUCUUGCCCGUUGUCCAGGCAUGCAUGACCAAUUCCCAGUUCUGGGUCACCUUCUUUAGCUUCAUGCUCCCAUCUUACAUGCUCAUCGUCUGUCACUUUCGCUACCAGCGCGUCAACAUGAUCAAGAAGCGCUAUGGCUUCACGAAUGACCUCGAUACCUACAAGGACAUGACGCCAGACGAGUCUCAGGCUGUCCUCAAAAACCUCGCGGAAUGGGACUUUCCCUUCGUCUUCGAAUUUGGUUGGAUCUCGGAAUUCUUCAAGACUGCAACUGCGCCCUGCCUAUCCAAGGUCAUCGUCAAUUCUGGCCACUUCACGAGCACGGACCAGAUGAUCAGCCACGGUAGACAGCAAGAAACCGUCUGUCUCAUGACACAGAUGCAGGUUCAGCCCUUACAUUCCAAAGAGCAUGCUCUAUCCAUUGCGCGUAUCAAUGAGCAUCAUAGCAUGUAUGGUAGCGUGAUCAAUAGCGAUACCGUGCUAUGGCUGUCCUGGAUGUGGAUGCUUGGCCCCGUUCAAUGGAUCAAUCUUAUCGGCUGGCGUAAGCUUCAGGACUUCGAGGUCCACGCCAUGUUCAUCUAUUGGCGCGAGAUGUCGGUUAUGAUGGGCUGCAAAUGGGUCCCCAAUACAUUGACUGAGCUAGAAAACUUCCGUCAGAUUUUUGCUGCCAAGGAGCAGAAAUUCAGCCACUGGAAUUGCACCUUCUCCGAUGCUAUGCUGGACGCUAUCUUGUUCUCGAUUCCCGGUUUCCUCAAGCCUGCUGGUCGGAAAUGCAUUGUCGCUGUCUUCGACGAGGAUGUACGUCGUUGCAACGGGUACGAGGACGAGUUCUCUCCUCGCCUCCGAAGCGUCCUCUUCAUUGUCCUGAAGGCCUGGGGCUUGUUCCAGCGUUACUUCUGCCUGCCUCGUAUGUCUCCUCGCGUCCUGACAGCGACCACCAACGCCAACGGUACCGUCAACUUCCCGGAAUACACGUAUCCAGCGACGCCCUACUACGUCAAACAGACUCUCAUGAACCAAUAUGGUCCCUUUGCCAUUCUCAAUCGUCUCCGUGGGCUGCCGAUCCCUGCUCCUCAGUUCGGUAGCAACGGCGUCACCUGGGAGUCCGUUGGUGCGAAGCAGGAAAACCUUGACCGUCAACUUAUCGCUGAAACUCGUGUCUUGCUCAAGUACUCGGAACUCAUGAAAAACCCUUGGGGGUUCCGCCCUAACAUCAACUUCCAGUACAAGUCUAUCGCCGUCGAUCCGCAGAUGGGUCCCGGCUACGGCUCCCGCUCGAACGCUUACAAGCCUGAUGCGCUCGUACGCUUGUGA